AUGGCUCCGAAGCCUCCGCCACCGCCUGGCCCACCGCCACCGCCUGGGCCUCCUCCACCACCUAUUUUUGGAGGUGGUUCGAAAGGUGGCUCAUCCGAUGAUAGAAAUGCCUUGUUGAGUUCCAUAAGGCAGGGUGCGAAAUUGAAAAAAACAGUCACUGUUGACAAAAGUGGUCCAUACAUUCCUGGGAAAGUGUCAAAUGUAUCAAAUAGUACACCAUCUGUUGGAAAUGGAGUCAGAAGUGGAGCUCCAAUGCUGAAUGGAGGAGGAGCUCCACCGAGCCUUGGAGGAUUGUUUGCUGGUGGCAUGCCAAAGCUGAGGCCGACUGGUAAAUUUGGAGGAACAACACCAAACGGCCAAGUCAAGACAGACGCUCCUCGGUUUCCGCCACCGCAACAGCCACAGCAAACACAAAAAUCAUCUCCAGAGAAGACCAGGGCCGCACCAGUAGCAGCUGGAAACGUAGGAGCGUUGAGUGCUGCUCUUUCUGAGGCUUUAGCAGGAAGAGACAGAGAAAGUUCUAGAGACACUUCGAGAGAAUACGCUAGGGAGUCUCCGAGAGAUCACCCGAAAGAGCCCCCACCGGCAAGACCGGCGAUAAGACGGCAGCCUAGCGACAUUCGAGUUAGGGGUCCUCCACCGCAGCCACCUGUACAAAAACCAGCUAUGCCUUUGAGUUCUUCCGAUUCGGUGCUGACCACUGGUUCUAUAUCGGAUCGCAUAAAUAAUCUUCAGCAGCAGAAUGUUGAGCAGCAGCUGCCGCCACAUGUCGCCUCCACCCUGCACAGGAACAAGAGUUCCUUGCAUUCACAAGGACAGGCUCCUCUUGGUGGUAGUAUGACAUCUCUGACGUCAGCGCCUCCCACUCCGACACCUUCAUCGUCUCUGUCCACGUCCGAUUUGUCGGAGCGGCCGCGCGUGAGUCACGGCAAGCCCAAUCUGGCGCCGAAACCCCCCACUCUACCUGACACUAGGCCGUCGCCGCCGCCGAAGAAACUUAUUGUCAAUGGCAAAAUCGCCUCCAGGACGCAGAGCAUGAGGGUGCCCAGAUCGCCCCCCGUGUCUCCGCCGUCGCCACAAGCCGGGUACGGUCGUCCGCUACAGUUGCCGCCCGCUCCAGUCAAUCCUCCUAUAGGGACCAAGAAUCCGGCCUCGCAUUUCGGCACCCUCCGUGCGCCGCGCGGGCUGCGCCCCCCGGGCGUGUGCCCCCCGCCGCCGCCGGGCGCGCCCCCCGCGCCGCCGCCCGCGCCCCCCGCGCGCCACGCCUCCCUCGCGCCGCCCCCGCCCCCGCCCCCGCCGCACCACCGGCACAACCAGAGUGUGAACGGCGACGAGGCAGCCGCGCCCGCCCCGCCCGUCCGCGGCUCCUCGAUGCGUCCGUCGGACCUGGAGGCGAGAUUCGCGGAACUGUUCCAGGCGGCGAGCAAGUUCCCGCCGCCGGAUAAAUUCCUGCGCAUCUCCAAGGGGUACAGCAGCACAGCCGUCGCCGGUAAGUACACGUGAACCGUUCGACCGCCACCGGACGGUAUGUCAGUG